AUGCAUUUUGUAUGGUUAUUCAUAAUUAGUAUAUUUUGUUCAAUUUCACAAUCACAGGAAUUAGCACAACAAAAAUGGGAAAAUCUUAAAGUAAUUAGAGCGUUUGAUUUAAGUAAAGGCCAUACCAUUGAAAGAUUACAAUUGCUUAUAAAGAAUGUAGGAAAUGAACCGUUAUCUGAGUUUUGGGUUCCGAUUGAUGGCGAUGUCUACAACAAAACCGCAUUUUUCACAGCUAUUUUACCUGAUAGUUCGGCAUUCUUGGAAUCUGGUUUAUCUGGUGAACAUUCAGAAACAGUCACCGUUGAUGGUGUUGCUUACUACUACGGGUUGGUAUUUUUACCAACUCCUAUUGAGAGUGGUGAAACUGUACAUAUAUCAAUUGUCCAUACUUAUAACAGUAUUGCUAAACCUUUCCCUGAAUAUAUCGAUAUGGGUGCAGACCAAAACCUUAAAUUAACUACUAAUUUGUACCCAAAUUCCUUCUAUCCUACUUUAGAAUACACUUUAGUACUUGCUGGUAGUAACGAUAUCAAAAUAAACAAAUUGCCAAAAGAAGCAAGUGAUCCUUCCUUGAUUUCUAAAGAUGAAACUAAAACCACUAUUGGUCCUUUCACAAGCAUUAGCCCUUUGAAAACAUCCAAGAUUGACAUUGUAUACUCCCGUAAUGCUCCAAUUUUAAGAUUUUCAAAUUUGAAAAGAGAAGUUUGGGUAUCACAAUGGAGCUCUACUGUUCAAUUUGAAGAGCAUUAUGAUGCUAUCAACGAUGCAGCUAAAUUAAAGGAUGGAUUUGUCAGAGCCACUUGGAUGAGUAAACAGUUAGCUGUUGUCCCUAGAAGCCACUUGGCUGCAUUUGAUGUUGAACUACCAGCUGAUUCCUCUGCCCAUUAUUAUACUGAUGCUGUUGGUAUGAUAACCACUUGGAAAAGAUUUGGUGAUCGUUUACUAUUAAAGCCUAGAUUUCCAUUAUUUGGUGGUUGGAAAUCAAAUUUUACUCUAGGAUGGACCAAUGAUUUGUCUCAAUUUUUACAUACAGUGGAUAACGAAGAAGGUAUCUAUCUAUUAUCCAUCCCGAUCUUGAAUGGUCCUGUUGAUUCUACUUAUGAUCAGAUUGAUUUAUCUGUGUUUUUACCUGAGGGAUCUGAAGUUUUGGAUGUUACUGCACCAGUUAAUAAUCCUAAAAUCACCAUCGACAACAAAAAGUCCUAUUUUGAUUUAAAACAAGGGCAUGUUAAAGUCACUGUUGAAAUGAAGAAUUUAAAUGACGGCUUAUCACAAGGAACCAUAUUCGUUAGAUAUAAGUAUAACAAAGAUAGCUUUUACAUGAAACCUCUAUCUAUUGGUAUGAAUGUCUUUAUUGCGCUAAUAGCAUUUUUCAUAAUGAAACGCAUCGAUUUUAGUAUUGAAAAAUAA